AUGGGUUUUCCUAAAGUUUACUUCUUCAGUGCAUUGGUUGGCGGAGUAGUCGGUGGUAUCCUCACAAUGCUGACUUUGAAGAUUUUAGAGGCCAGGCCGAGAGAGCAGACAAGCGUGGAGGUUGACAACGGACGAGAAACAGGAGAAGAACGAAUAGGGAUUGGGAUUCAGGAAUCUACAAAACUGGAACAAGAACAUGAUGAGAGGUGUUGCUAAUAAUGGUUAGCUCUUUGUUUAUCUAUUUAUAUAUAUAUUUCAUUUAUUUUCAUUAAGUUCUGGCGAAAAUCGUAGUUCAGGUAGGACGGGGCAGUGUGGUUUAGCCAAGGAAAAAGCGGGAAGUUGCUCGUUUAAUAAUAGUACCGUUGUAUAUAUUCCUUAGUGUCGAGUCAAAUGAACAUAAGGGUGAUAUCAGUUUUAUUAUGAAGGACCCACGAGAGUUUAGAUUUACAAUGUUCUUAAGUUUUUAUCGCACGUAGGAGUCCUUGUUGCUUCAACUGUAAGAAGCUGAUUUAUGGCUAUAAUGCACAGUAGACCAUGCCUACCUUAUUACCACAGACGUGCGUUCUUUUUGCAAAUGUUUUUGCCCAAACAUAAAAAAACGUUAAGUUAUUUUCUUAUCUAAAAACCUCGUCAAAAAGGGGAGCUUUUUGCCUCGGUCCUAGGUUGAUUACAUAGGCGGGCUUUUACUGUAUGAAAAAUUCCCUGAUACCCAUUAUAAUUCCUUAAUUUUCAAAAAGUGAUGGCACAGAGUUGGUUAUUAUUGACUACGAGAUAUAUAUGUUUCCUCCUUGACCGUGCGCAACAGGUAGGAAGAAAAUGCGAUCAUGUGUAAUAACGAUAAUAAUAACCCACACUGACCCACACUGCCUCUGGGCAUCCGGACGUUUGUACUUAUGCUCGUUAAGCGCAUUUCUGUGGUAUUGUCCGUAGCAGAUCGUUGCGAAGCGAACCGUGAACACGGUCAGUUUUAUCCUUGGUAUUUUGAGAACAGGCCCCUGGAACCUGCGAGUAAUUAUUUAAGACACAAUGUGAUUUUUUUUUAACCUACUUGUGCAAAUGUUGUGGAGAUUGCUCAGGGGCAGGCGCUAAGAUUUAUUGAAAUCUUGAAACAUGGAAGUGGCUGGAAAACUUAACUGUAUAGAAGCUUAUAAUUCAUAACAGUUACUGUAAUUUCCCUUUUGUUUUCCUUAGGGGCAAGUUGUAUAUCUGAGGUACCAGUGAACAUCAUAAUUUAAGCUGUACAAAAAAUGAGUACCAGUUCUAAUACCAAUAAGUUUUGGUUGUUUUUGUUUCUACUGCAGCGCCAUCAGCCUCAAAGAUGAUCCAGUAGUUUCAAUUCAUGAUGUUGCCUUUCACCUGACCUUAAAUCUUGGUUAUUCAAAGUACACACAGUUGGAAAUUACGCACCAUUAAUUAUCUACAUCUACUAUAAUAUCAAUGCUGAAUAAGUUAACAGGUCAUGAGAUUUAGCACACGAUUGGUGAUUCAGUUCUGAUGAAAAUAUUUUUUAACAUGUCGUCUUUUUCGUAAUAGUCCGGUGUUAAAAUGACAAUGUAAAGUUUACGUUUAUGCCGUAUUCUAAUCAAAUAUUGUGUCAUCGUAGUUUUCGUGCCAAGCACUAGUCAGUUUGUGGGUGAGAAAUAACUUUUCUACAGCACAUACAUCAGUGUAAUAAUAUAAUCGGCAACUCUGUGAGAAUAAGAAGAAAGAACACCGUAACUAUUCUGUCUUUCUCUUAAAUAUUAUACUGAUUAGCUAUCAGAGCGAACUUUCUCAAACACGGUAUUCCAUUUCAAAAACCUGUGAUACCUGAUCAACAUUCUAGGGGAAGGCAUCUUAAUUCUAAUUAGGGAGCUUCGGGUGUUACGAAAACUAAGACCCUCGAAAACUAAGACCUAAGACCAAAGACCUGUCGUAGUUUUCGAGAUUACGAAAUAUGCAGUCAAAUUGUACGUAGAAUGCAACUUGAUGUCAACAUUGCAUAACUUCGACAGCCAGCUGGUUUCAGUUCAUGAUCAGUAGUGCGAAUAUAAUAGGAAUAGACCAUGUCAGUGUUACCCCAAGCCUCUGUUUUUUAUUAUUCUCAGGGAAAUAAAACCCAUUUCAUGAUCACAUAAAGGGUUUCCCACUUGGGGAAAAACCAGGCCAUGUUUCGGGGACAACUCAUGUGCUCUCUUAAAAACGGUUAACCCAGCAUUACCGCUAAACGGCGUCUAGCAACUCAGCCCUGGAUGUAAGAGAAAGGGUGCUCACUUGAAAUGCGAGCAGCCUUUUGACAAGAAUUCCAAAGGCAGUCGUCCUUUACUGAAAACGAAAAUGAAACAGAAGAACAAUAAACUUUGACACGGACUUGGCAUUUAAACCCCUAUUUACUUUAGCGCUGUGUGGAGCCAGGGGCCUACAAAGGAAUGUUCAAGGCGUUUCUGAACCCCAUUCCCUUAUUUCCUACUGUUAAGACUUUCACGGGUAACUACGUCUACGCCUGGGUCGUUGAAGUAAUAUAGCGUUGGUAUACACAAGGUUAAAUCUCAAUCUCGUUCCGAGAGGCUGAGAUUCCUUUGGUCAGCACCAAAGCUGCCAAUUUUGCCGGCUGGACAGGCCGGGGUAACAAGGAACGAGAUUGGUUAACUUUCAUGCGCAUAGUUCCAAACUAAUGUAUUUCUGAACUUUCUUAGGGUAGAUUUACACAAGAGACUUUUCCGGAUUAAUAAUUUAUUCCUGAUUUUUGGAGUAUUCUGAUUCACAGGCUUAUAUCGGGCAAUACGAGAACAUUGGAUGAAUGUAUUGAAUGUAUUCUAGAAUCAAAAUCUCCUGACAAGCUUCCAGAUCUGUCUUUUUCUUCCAGGAUUCCUGGCACAUCUGCGUGCAAAAGGCAAAACGAAUACCUGUACUAAACUACAGUCGACUCCCGAUAACUCGAACCUUCGAGGGAAAUUGAAAAAGGGUUCGAGUUAAUGGGAGUUCGAGUUAUCGGGAGUUCGAAGAAAAUAGCCGAGAGUAAGGUAAAAAACAGUUUUUACUGCACAGUGAACAUUUAAUCACAUUAAAUUGUAGAAAUCUCAAGUGAAAAUUAAAAGAUACUUCUAGAUUAUAAAUCAGAACGUAACGUAACAAAACAUAGCCUAAAUAGAGCAUGCGUUUUACUGUUAUGAGAAGAAAAACUGCUUCACGUUAGCCUGUGACAAUCAACGUAAGCCUCUACUAGUAAACAAUACUCCUACAACACGUCAAUAGGAAAUCCAAAAUUCAAUGUUUCGGACGCAAGUAGACGGCUUUUUUCCCGACAUUUUAAGGGCUCAAAACAUGGUUCGAGUUGCUGAGAGUAAAAUUACUGUGAAUGUAAGACGGAAUUCCAGGGGAAAUCGAUUUUGGUUCGAGUUAGCGAGGGUUCGAGUUAUCGAGAGUCGACUGUAUUUCAAGAUCAUCAAUCGAGAAAAACUUCGCUAUUGGAAACCUAGGCCUUGCAAGUGUGUCUGUCUUAAAACUGCAUAGUUCUUAAACAACCUCUUUUAAAAAAUGUUUCAAGCCUGUUAACCGGUCACCUUAGUGUUAAAGAGAGUGUCAAGUCCCUAUAAUUGAAAUACUCUUCCUAUUCUGUAGCCUGCAGUGACGUAUCCAGGGGAGGGGCCCGGGGGACCCGGUCCCCCACCCCUUACCCCCAUUUUAAGACCAAACUGAGGCCCGAAGGGCCGAAAAAAUUUUUUUUCGAGACCGAUUCUCCCCCUUAUCUCAGGUCUCAGGGUCUGGAUGGUGUUAAAAGUGGCAUUUUUUGGUCUGAAAUAUGGUAAGGAUUUGGAGAACUGGGCGGUACACCCUCACCAAGAAUUUCCAGGAGUACCCCCGGGGUCUCAGGGAGCUGUUUUCUCAGGCUACUUCUACUGCUGUGAAUACUUAACGGAAGUGACAACAUCAACACUAGACAUUCAAUGUGAAACGUUUAUUAGCAUGCUUCAGUGAGUCAUCUGAUGCAGAUGUAUCCUAGUUACAUCGAUGUUAUACCGUACUACCCUAGAUACGAAAACCCCUAAAAACCAGCCAUGUGAAUUGGCCAAAAAACGUGGCACUAAAUCCCGGGGAAAGGGGUCAAGAAAAAAACAUAGAACACUGAAUAACUUGUUACAUAGACUGCCUUCAACAAAACGGGUCUAAAUAGUUAAUUAUAUAAUCUAUAUACUAAAACAAGAAAAAUUAAAUCCUUAAAACAUACCCAUCUGUGUAAUGACCAAAAUAAAGUCAAAAUACCACAAAGCUCGCGUGAAAAACUUAAUUGAUUACUAAACUCGCCGGCUCUAAACCGUGCCGACAAAGUAUUAAUUAAUUAGUCUUAUUCGUUCCCGUGUCUCUCAAUCCUCAGAAAUAACAUUUUAAUUGAUUUGCAAUAACAUCGAUUGUAGCGCGAGGGUCUUUCGAGAUAUGACCCUCCCCUUGCCCCGCAAGAAGGUAGAAAGCCAGUCUAUGCGGGGUGAAGCGAACACAAAUGUCACCAAACGAAAAAAAAUUACAAAUGGCACUGGUACACUCUAGCACAAACUUAUACUGUGAGCGAUUAAUAAUUGACUGGGGAUCACUUAAUACGGGUUUGGCUAUGCUCAGUUUUCUGUGCAGAUCGAGAAAUUGAAACAGUACGAAAGAAACCUGCUCUUACGGAUGCUCUUACAAUAAAUGCAAUCUAAUAAAUUGCUCGACCAGCGUCUACCUAAUUUUCUGACAAAGGCAGUAUAUCACAAAUUCGUCAGCUUCAAUUUCCCUAUGACGGCAUGAAAUGGUUCUUAAGUUUUACGGUAAAGUAUAAAAAAGAUUCAGCAAUUUUUCCCUGACUUGGAACACCAAGUAAUCCGUUUUAGCGUAUGUUGGUUAUUGCUUGUUAAGUUAGUUGUUAAGAUCAGCGUAAGAUUAUCAGCAAAUUAGAAAGAAAACUGAUGUUCCAAGAUCAUUUCGGAUGCGUGUCAAGGGCACCGGAAAAAACUUUUAACCGUUUUCUUGUAUGAAGAUAUACUGUUUGUCAAAAAUGCAAGUGUUUUUAGACUUGCGAUAAGUGCCCACCCAAUAGCGAUAUUUAUCCGGUUUGUAUACUUGUAUUAUCCACUGAUAAUUUAAGAAAACAUGUACAAAGUUAAACAGACUCGAGUGGAAAUAAUCUACUUUAGGUUUUCAUUCACUUAGAUAUCCUUCACCUCAAGCUAGUAUCUUCGAAAACCACAGAAAUAUCGUGAAAUAGACCAAACGCAUUACUUAAAGCACGGCUUCUUAAGUUUUUAAACACAAAAGGGGAAGUUAUCGCGUUAUCAGCACCUCUACCGACAAGUUAGUGGAACUCAAUGAGUGACCAUUCCUCAACUUUACUGGCAAAUCACGGCGAUCAGUUUUAAAAUUAAACCCGCGCAACUUCAAAAGUCAUCAUUUAUGAGAGUGUUCAUGCAAUGACAGCCCAGGUAACAAGUUGAAAACGAAACACGAGAUCAAAAUCAAAGUGUUCAACAUUUCCUCAAAGAAAUAUCACGAGUCAAGGGCAUAAAAAUUAAAUUCUGAAGGAAAUUGAUGGUUUAAUCCUAAAAAUACGCAAGACCAAAGGGAUGAUGAUGCUGGCUUGAUUAAUAACGAGUCUGUAUAUAAAAAGCUUCGAGUGCAAAACAUGCCCAAUCUGCAAACCCGCGACAAAAAUCCGUGAAGCACUCAUGCACUUCCCUCCCCUUCCCCCUUCCAAUGUUGAGAUGUGAUUUCAAAGUUACGUGGCUAAAACAACAUUGCAAAAAAGGAGGGAAACAACAUGGAGCAAAAAAUACAAGUGCCUCAAGGUUUUUGAAUGAGUUUAAGGGAUUAAGAUACAUGUACUUGGUAAGGAGAUAUUUUGCACUCAGCUCUUUGCAUUAGCUACGAAAUUCCCCUCUCUCGUUCACUCAGAAAGGUGUUUGCAUAAUUUAUUGCGAGAGCAGUAUCAUCCCUUUGCCUUUUUAUGCCCCCAUUAACAGCUAAAUGAAGGAAACCUAAAACAUGACCUCAUGUAUGCUUAAUAAUGUUUGGGCAAGAAGUAGAGUUAAAGAGGGAGGGGGAGGGUGUGUCAGGAAAGAUGGAGGGUCGGAGUUAGAAGGGAAGCGGGAGGGGGAGGGGUAGGGAUGUUCGGUGAGUGAAGACCGCAAUGACACCUCCUUGAGGAAAAAGUUAAAAGUUUUCAAAAAUUGCCGAUCGUAACAACAUGUUCAGGCUGAACAAAGCAUAUAAAGUUCUAAGUGUGUGAUGAAAGUUAUUUCAGAAACAAAGACUUGAAAAUUUAGUUCAAAAUCACAAAAACAUGUGAGGCCAAAAAAAAUCAAGACAGAAAUAGCCACUCAUAAGGUUCCCAUAACAAAAGGGUUUGUCUCGCUAAUUUAUUUGUCUUUAAUCGUCCAAUAAUCUUCAUAAUUAACAGAUCUGGGGAUGCCGAAUGUACUAAAUUAAGACUUUAUUUCGAUAAACCCAGGAUCGAGGACGCUUUAACAUUUAAAUUUUAUUUGCUUAGAUUCCCUUCCAACCUUACGACGAACCCUAAGAAAACUUCCGCGUAUGGCAAAAUUUAACUCAACCCGUUCGAGAUCAUUCGCCACCCCCAGUUUGUGUUACCGAGAGUUAAUUUAUUUAAACGUCUACGCUACCAGUAGCAUAAAAUCUAACUGCGGUUUUUUGAUCCGUAGCAUCUGGUGCUGGAACAACUUCUUUUUUUUGAGGCCAUUAGCUCCCGUCCAUAAGUGCUUCUACAGCCAACCACCAGUGACAAAGAGAAAGUUCUGCACAUUCAGGAUGCAAGCUAUCACGAAGUGGAACCUUGAAUGGAAGAAGUUUCGUUUUAAGGCCACAAGCUCCUUUGUUACCUUCAUCCCCCCCCCCCCCCCCCCCCCCCCCCNCUUGUACUCCAAAUUUCUAGUGUGUUAGAAACGGCCAUUAAAGGGAGGCAAAGCUAAAUUGCGUGGAAAUGGAGAAACAAAACAAAAGUAACACAAGUAACACUUACCCUUUAUGAUGUGGAAAUUCGUAAAGUGGAGUAUCAGUGGCAGCAGCCUAGACAAAGUCAUGUACGGGAAUGGCGCUUGGAUGGUGUUCACUCUCAUUCUGAAACUAAACAUGCAUAUAAUGGUUUAUCAGCAUCAUCCCAUGCAUAUCGAUGGCGUAAAUAAUUAAAUAUCUUUUAUGUCUCUCGACAUUAGAAACUGUCACACCCCGUGGCCAGGAAACAAGAGCUACUCUUUCUUCACCCGUACACCGAUAUUGUUUAUUCAUAUUAGGCAAAGAGAUUCCACUCGAUUCUGGACGUUAAAACAGAUUAAAAACCGCAUAUUUUGUUAUCCAGCUUCGUGUGGACGGGGCCUUACACCUCUAUGGAGAGCGGUUUCAAAACGAUGAGGUUUCGGUCAGCUGAUUCAUGAUCACUGGUUUUAUUAGGGCGGAAGGUCGAUUCGUGUAAAAAAAAAAAUCCUGUUUCAGUUAUAUCUAGCCUGCUACAAGGCCGUUUUUCGUGUGAACGUGGCCCAACACGAGAUUAACCGGGUAUUUUAACUGUUUUAUGCCAGAGGAAAUGGAUUAAACUGACGAACGUUGUCCCAUUUAAACUUCUUUACCUAUUAUGGAGUGGCAUCCAGGCCACUCGCCGGCAAAAGUUAAUCACUCAACUAAUCUGAGUUAAGCCGAAACUGAAUCUGACUUGCACACAACUGUUUUCCAUUUCUUGGCGGCGGUUCAUGUGUUCACAUCACAAUCUGUCAUCGAUUAAUUUGAUUCUCCGCGCGAAUUUUUAUCAAUACCAAUACCAAGAUUACUAACUCCAUCGAUAACAUACCUCGGUCUGCCAGCCAUAGCUUUAUUCAGGCAAUGUAUCUGCGCCAGGGAUGCCGGAUAACUGAGUACCGGAAGCCAGCGUUGUUACCAUCCUUCUUAUUGAAUCCACACUGCUCAGUCAGCUUUAUUCAGUACUGGUUAUAAUUCUAAGCUUCAUACCCGAGGCAAGUAAGGACUUGAAGGCCAUGACGUCAGUCUGCUGAUAGGUUCUCCACACUAAGGACGAGAAUUUAACCUUAGCAUAAAAAACAUAGUCCGAUAAUUAAACCCUCAGCGGCUCACCUAUACCCAAAUAUUGAUCGAGUAUCCUCCCUGCGUUCAUUAUAUUCUUGCCAGAGAGUUAACCGUGGUGCAGCAUUCCAAUUAUCAAUAAAUACUAUUCAUCGUUCACGCAGAUUUCCAUCGUUACAAAUGCAUUUGCAGUUCAUUUGAGGUAUUAUAUUUGCCAGGAAUAUCAAAUAUCCUCAAGCUGCAAAUUGUUUCAAAUUGACCUGCAGAACAGCUGUUAGUAUGUGUUGAAGAGAAAAGCUUGCAUAUAUAUCUUUGGGAUGGAUUACACCUAUUUGCUAGAUUACACCUAUUUGCUAGAUCGUGACUAAACAUCCACAGUUGCCUGUCAAACGCAUCAAAGCAGGGCUUUCUACAGGUUACUUGGAUCUACCUACCUACAUCAGUUUGAAGGAACGUUAUCUGUAGUGUGUAGGGCACGCCACCAUCAUGGUUCCUUUGUCAUCUUGGCAAGGAUCCUGUUCUUCAUUUUCACCUGCUACUGAUAAAAAAGCUUAAAAUACCACAGUUAACAGAACAGUGCAAGACCGUUCGUACAGAUUUAUUUUUUUAAUCAAGGGUCAUAGGUAUGGUGUGACAAGGUCACUGGUUUAAACUGCAGAUCCGUGCGCUCGAUUUUGAAUUGUUCCUCAUAGGUGGAAGAAUCACUGAAUAUAUUCACAUGAUUUUGGAACUCACUAAAUGUUCUCUCAGAUAAUUGCCCAGGUAUUUUGACCUCCUUUGACGGGACUAAUCACACCCCAUUUGAGCUUUCUGACUGGAGUCUCCUAAAUGGUCACAAUCCUCUGAAACUCUAAAUUCGAUUUGGUGAAGUAAAAACGGUUUCCUGACAUACUCACCAUUAGUUUUCGCUCUCUAUUUUAUCCUCUUCUCUGAUUCUGCCCGACUGCAUAUUGACCUGUUAAGAUGAACGACUUUCACAGAUAGGUAAGUAGUGGCGGAGCUAGACCUUUAGAUGAGGAAGGGGGGGGGGGGGGGGGGGGGGGGACACACCCUCCUCUAUCUAUAUAUGUUUGUUGUAGAAAUAAACUCUGUCCUCUGUCCCUCCCCCUUUUUUUUUUCUCCCUUUUUUUUCCUCCCUUCCUUUUGUCCCCCAGAGCAUAUUUAGUGGAUUAAAAAAAAAAAUUUUAAAAAAGGGGGGGGGGGGGGGGGGGAGGCAUGUUGUGGGGGGGGGGGGGGGGGGGGGGGGGUGAGGGGGCAGUCUCAAAAAACGUUUUUUCGGCGCUUCGGACCUCAGUUUGGUCUAAACAUAAGCGGGGAGCGGGCCCUUUGGGCCCCUCCCCUCGGUCCCCCACUGAGUAGAAGCAGAAUGAUUUUAAAAAACCACAACAGUAGGUCACUGGGUUCGAGUCUCAAAAAAGGCACAGAUCAGUCUGUGCUUUGACCGGCUUGUUGAUCUGCUCAGACACACAACAUGACAACGGCAGGACAUUAUCUGCAAUACUAACACACAAUCAGCUGGGUUCGUGCUCUGACCUCUUCGGAAGAAUCGCAUUCACUGCUAAAAAGCCAUGGCAUUAGUGUUUAAGUUUAGUAGCAAGGCCUGGACCAAUCCCACUGGCAAAGUGUAAAUGCUGGCACUGAAGUUGAAAAAGGGGGAUUUUCUUCUGCCAUACUUACAUUGUGGUGCAGUGUCUACAGUUCACUUUUGACUAACCUACUCCAAACAGCAUAGACAACACAACAAAGUUAUUCUCCAGUGAAACUAAUCCAUUUAGCAAAUACUACAGGAAACGUAAGUUUUGAAUGGAGAAUUGUUUGGUGGAGGCUUGUCGCCAUAUACUACAGUUGCCUGAUAUGGUACAUGAAUAUAUCCAUCAUUGGGUCAAAGAUUGGUGUGGACGUUUUAAAUUUUACUCGCGCCGGCCCUAUAUCGUGCUAGAUACUCACGUCACCAGCGGCCAUGGGUUGGAAUCCCAUCGAGUCAAUUAGGUGAUUAUGUUUUUAGUGCGUUUACUUCUUCAACAAUCCGCCACAAUUAAUGCCUUUUCUAACAGUAUUACCGUCUUGUCAGAAAAGAUUUGAAUAAAAAACACUUUGCUAUACUUACACUCUGGACUGUUCAGUUUAGAUUCUGCCUUGGUACCUUUCUUGUUUGGAUCACUCUGCCUUGCCUUGUAAACUUCCUGAAUCGUGUUUCCUGCUCAUCAGACAAAAGAGCAUACAAUGACGUUGUCAUACUAAAAAAAGUAAAAAGAUGACACUUCCCUGUGGCUUUACAGUUUUCCUUCGUUGCCCAGAGGAACGGAUCUUCACUGCUAUCGAUGUUUUCGAACAAACUUUUUAUCAGCAUAAGCUUCUACUUCUCUUCUUUUAUCUUGAUAGCGUC